AUGUCUAAGCAAAGCGAACAAUAUGCUGAUAUCAUGGGCCGCGAUAGCUCUUUCGGGACCUACGUGUUCAAGCCUCAGCCUUUCACGAGACUCCGCCUGGGAUCAGUUGGCUAUUUUGACCGGACAGCCGAAUGGCAAGAAAUAACCAACCUUUUCGAGCCCGGUCUUGCAGAGAAAGACGGAUUUAAGCCUUUCAUCGGAAACCUGAGCCUACGGGAGGUGACAGAAUCUAAAUGGCAAGCCACAUCUGGAGAAACGGAGACUGGACGUAGUUCCCGUAUCUCCACCGAAGCCUCCGGCGCUAUGGCAGCCGCCCCAGUCGAAGCAUCACUCCAAGUCAAGGCUAAGAAAUCCAAGACUGGAAGUGCCUCCCUCAUUACUUCUUCUACUGUACGGAAUCAUAGAUUCGAUCGAAACUUCAAGGGCCCGAUGAUGGACUGGGUUGAGAGCAACGCGCAAGAUAUCCUAGCAAGCUGUCAUGACAUCAAAAGCCAAGGGCUGUGGAUUGUCAUGAGUGCAUGGGUCACUGAUGAGGCUGCAGUGAAAAUGAGUAGCGGCGAAAAUCAAGACGUCGACGUGUCAAUGGAUUUGGGGGCUACAGGGAUAGGGAAGCUGGGCACAUCUGUGGGAGUUUUUGACAAACUUCAGCGUGAGGGCUGGUGGACCUACGAUAAGGAUGAGAAAACUCAGGGCUAUGUUGUCUCUUUUGCGGGUGUGCAAUUCUCCGCUCGCAGGCUCUCUAAAUUCUUCAGGAGUGUGCCACUAGAAGUAGCAAAUGAAACGAUCAGUCUGCCAGUGCCUCGACCCCCUGCCGAACAGGAUGAGAGCAACAAACCUGAUGGAUCUGACUCUCCGGUCGAGGAAGAUCCUAUCGACGAGUCAGCAUAUAAUGAAGAUGAGGAUAGAAUGGAAGCCUUUGGGUUGAGCGAUGAUGAAAAUGACGCAGGUGUGAACUUCAAGAAAGAGAAGGCCGAGCGUCAAGAUGAAAUAGUCUCAAAACUGAAACAGCUUUGGACUAAUGGAACUGCUGAGCAGAUACGGGUUGAGCUCUCAGCAAUAUUCCAAGACAGUCCCAAUGAUCUGAAAUCCCUGCUUGAUGGGAGACCGGAGCUGAUGAACGUGCUUUAUGAGCUCAGAAUGCGGUGGAAGGAGAAUUCUUAA